ACUGCAAAUAUGGCUGCGAAGUAAGCGGCCCUAGCGCCACGGAAAGGUUCUCACUCUGAAGUGCCAUGAAACUCGAACUCGUGGAAGAAUCCAGCGUAAUGAUAGUGAUUUGUGGUUGUAUCGGUUGUUUCACGUUGUGGCCGUAGGUGUCUCGUGAGGUAAGCCGAGAUGGGUAGUAGAAAGUUGCUGCUGUAUUCAAAUAUUAGCAAAGUUUUAGGAUAGUGGAAUUAAACAAAUAAAAAAUGCUGCUCCGCCGUAAAAUUCCAUCGGAGAGCGAUGCAAGCGCGCAGGCUAGUGCUAAUGGUGACGCAGCCCAAGAGAAGUCUGAGAGCGAACUAGAAGAUUGUCAACGUCUCUGUGCUUCAGGUUCAGGGGUGUCAUCAAAGCCCAAAAUGAAGACAAACUUUUUUAAAUCGCUGCGCGAACACUGGCGGAAGCGAAAAACGAAACUUGCCGUGCAGAAUGGUGUCGAUGUAUCUUCGGGGCCUCCAGAGCCAGGCAGUCGAAAACGAGAUGUGACCGUCUACUGCCCGGGGUCGUCGUCGUUAGCUGCGUCCAACUCGCACGGAGAUUCGCCUAAUGACGCCAACGACAAUUACGUGCGUGCCGGUGUUGGUUCGAAUGGCGAACGUGUGUGCAGUGAUGCUGUCGGCGAAACAUCGCAUCAUGAUCUGCCCUCAUCUUCAUCGUUCACGGUCCCUUCUGUGCAUGUCUAUCAACCCGAGUCGUCAAUCGUGGAAGGACCCCAGGUUCCUUCUAGGCAGCCCCUGCUCGACGCCACCCCGUCAGGGUUUGUCUCGGUGUUUCCGGGACCCGAUGGCCGAGAAGACUUAAGGAUCAGUAGUCUCAGUGAAGAAUUGUUCAAGUUAUCUAAGCACGGUUGGUACUGGGGGCCCAUCACGCGAGGCGAAGCCGAAGAGAAGCUCGCUGACCAGCCUGAUGGUGCUUUCCUUGUACGAGACAGCUCUGACGACAGAUACCUGCUGAGUCUUACGUUCAAAUCAUACGGCAAGACGUUGCAUACGAGGAUUGAGCACUGUAAUGGUCUGUUCAGCUUUUAUGCUCAAUCUGGACCUGAGGGACGUGCCUGCAUUGUUGAUCUUAUUCAAGAGUCCAUGAACUAUUCUCAGUCAGGCGUGUUCUGCUACUCACGGGGUCGGAGCCCUGGUGUUCCCUCUUUCCCAGUGCGUCUCAUUAAGCCUGUUUCUCGACUUACUCAUGUGCGGUCCUUGCAAUACCUUUGUCGCUUUGUGAUCCGGCAGUAUACACGCUUUGACCACAUUCAAAGACUUCCACUACCGUCCCGUAUUAAGGGAUACCUUGAAGAGGGUCACUAUUGAAAGCUACAAGUUUAAUCUACAUCUCCAGAAGCCCCAGCAUCACGGCAUGUCUACCACCAACACCGUUAUUCUGUAAAAGAGGCUUGUACAUUGCUCGAACCUGUUUUGGUGUACACCCUGUCAUGGCAUGGUGAUUUAGCCACAUUGUAAAGGCGUGCAGAUUGUGCUCAUAAACAGUUAUUACGUAUCAACAUGCGUCCACUUGCAUCACACUGCCUAAAGUGGUGUCUGUUACUCUAGAGAUUUUGUUUACGAAAUAUGAGGGAAGUGCCCAAAUAGUAAAGCUUUAUAUUGUGCUCAAUGUAGUUUCUUGAGCCACAAGGUUGAGUAGAGCUAGAAUUGACAUAUCAGCAAGAUUCAUUAGAGGCUGCAUAUGCCCGUUUCGUGUGUUGCCUUGUAUAUACAUAUUUUUGUUAGUUCAAAUAGCACUGAUACUGUGCUCAAAGGAUGUGUUACUUGAAUGGUCAUGCUUCUGAGUGCAUAAAUUUAUAUACAUAGCAUGUUACUGCAGAAGUUAUUGCCCAGAUAUUGCAGGCUCUCGGUUAUGCAAGCAUAACAUUGUUAUGUUAGCAUUAUUGAUACAAUUGAAGUUUCUGUAAAUACUUAUGUUCUCACUCGGCUUUUUUUUAUUUUCCUACACAUUUUCAUUGCUACUAAAGAAUGUGACUUCUUAGGACAGCUCUGCAUAGAGAUAAAGGGUUGUUCUUCCUAGUGUUUGAGCAGAUGCUACUUGGAGGAGUUCAGAAGUCUCAGAAAUACUGAUAACUUGCUUUGCCACAAAGUCUAACACUAUAAACAAGAUCAUAGUCUUAGUUUGUGCAAAAUAAUUACAUGCUUCUAGAGCAUUAUACACCACAUUUAUAUUAUAACUAUUACUAAUAAUGUCUGCUAUACUUUACCUGACAUUAUUGUGUAUUAGUUCUCAUUAAUAUUGUGUCCAGCAAAGAAAACGAGCCCUUAAAUUUACACUUUCCUUCAUCAGUAGUGUGUGGGGAAGUAUUUUUUCUUUAAUAUUACUUUUGUUUAUUGCAUUAGCAUUGUCAACAGCGUAAUAUACUUGUUAAUGUUGUUGAAACAUUGCUUUUUCUUUUAAGUGGUGUUAUGUCAUUGCUGAACAAGUCUUGUAGAACUGAUUAUUAUUUUUUUCUACAUUGAGCACACACCUGUUGACAUUGUCACUGUGCCAUAAAAAUAUUUUUCAGGGGUGUAUCCUAUCAAUGUGGUUUCGGGUUUAGGUAGAAAUCAGUAAUGUGGUCACUGUUAUUCAAGUGUUCCAACAAAAAUAUAUGCAUUAUUAUGUGUUUAUGUACAGUCUUGAUGGCCUUUAAAGGCAAGUGAUUUAAGUGAAACCAUGUUUCCUAAUUGAAUUUGCUAAAAUAGUGUGUUGCUAUGGAGAGAAACAGUGCCUUGUGUAUAUGGUCGUUUAUGUUUCUAACUCAAAAGAGAAAGAAAGUGUAACCUUCUUGUUACUUUAAUUAAACAUUAAUCAAACCAGUAGCAUAAUUGGUGUGAAAGAACUCAUGGUUAGCUGAUAGGAUUUCAUUUUUAAGAAUAUGGCCAUUGCACUUUUCUGUUUCUAUACAUUUUUUAAAAUGAUUGCUUCUCCUUCAGCAGUAUAUAGUUUUUCAAUUUAUUCACUGUAACUUAACGUGGUGUACUAAUUCCUUUUUUUUAGAUUCAUAACACAUUAAGUUGUGCUGAACUUGGCUACGUAAUGGCACUGUACAUGGCCUCUACGAUGUCUGCACUUGUCUUCUCUUUUCUUUGUUGAUUUGGCUACUUUAUUUUGUUAGCUAAUGUGUAUAUAAAUGCAGUUUCAAGUAUUGUUAGUGGCACAUUCAUUUCUGACAUUUGGGUGCAUGCAGGUGUGCUGCAUUAGUAGCACCCAUGCACCCAACCUAAAGAUAUCUCUAGGUGAGCAAAAACAGCUAAACUUAAUGCUAUGCUAGGAGUUAUGACAAUUUCUGUCAAGUGUUUGCCAAUUACAUUAGCAGUCGAAAAGAAAAGUCGUGAGAAAUUUUAAAAAAAGACAAUGAGUCAUUGAGAAGCAGCAUAAUGUAAUAUUUUAGUUAUGGUUAAAAUUAAAAGCAAAGAACGGAAGUUUGAUUGGUCGUGUGAUGAUGUAAGAAGUAAUUAGUAGCCUCUUAGAGCAACUGAAUUAGUGCUAAGGUAGGGCUACGGGAAAAUAAUUGCGUUAAGAGGAUAGAGCUAUAAUAUCCUUUUAAUGGUGAAGCUAACAAGUUUCAAUGUAGAGUGGGUUUUGUUGACACUUGUCUGCUGUAAUUAGAAGCCGCUGGGAUGAGCAGAGUCUACUCAAGUCUAGUGCAGGGCAUAAGAGGACUUGUCAGAGGGCUUCAUGUUUCUGAAGUUUAUUAGCAAUCCCAAUAAAUUAGUCCUUCUCUGAAGGUGCCAAGUGCAUAUUUUCAUAGCUUGUUAUACCCAAGAAAACGGAGAAUUUAAUAGAGUACGUUGUUGGGCGAGUUGGUGCAUUGUCUGAAAAUAAAAGCAGAAUGCAAAAAGAUGGAACACAAAAGACAAGAAGAGCACGCAUUCCUUCUUGUGUGCCAUAUUUUGCACUCUGAUUUUAUUUUCAAAGCUGGGAAUGACCCGCGAAUUGUUCCACAUUGGGGGCCAGUGAGUUCAUAGUGGCAUCUGUCAGGGAAUUCUAUGCUUCGUUCAUUCUGAGCUAGUGUUCAUCCACGGUUCAUAAGUGUGGUUGAAGCAUAUACCAUCAAUGCAAAUAUGGCUUAAUAAUCAUACGAACUUGUUUUCCUAGUUAACUUUGUGUAGACCAAAUGCUCUUUUGUAAUCCAAAUGGCAAUUCUUCAUCCACUUGCUAACAAACAUGUUUUUCUGUGUACAUUCACAUUUCCCUCUGCUGAUUUAUUUUUCGUAAGUGUGAUAUCCAGAGUACCUUAUGGUUUUCUUACCCAGAGGUAGGAUUUCAUGCCAUACAAUUAAUCACCCAGUAUUUUGCCAUUGUAUUCACCUUAGUAGCAUUCUUAUUGUUUUUGGCCUUGGUUGAUGGGAGAAGGUAUUUUUAGAAAUGAUACAAGUUUUAUUGGGCAUAUGCACAAUCUGCUCCUUUGUUUUAUAUGGUGAAGAACUCUUCCACCAAAAAAGACACUUAUAAUGUCUAUUUGUCUAAUUAUGUUGGAAUAGCUCUUAAGUCUUUGAAUGGGCCAAGUGUUCGUGCUACAUGUUUCAUUUGUUAAGAUUCGAUAACUUAGCUUCAGACAUAAACACUUUUCUUGCUCAUCUUUCUUUUUUCUUCAAUUUUUGGCAGCUGCUGAAUUGUCAAUUAUUGUAAGGCCUAAUUCUUUAAAGUGCAACAAACCAUUAACAAUUAAAAAUAUAUGUUUUAAUGUGAUACUUUUGACCACAAGUAGUGUGUAGAGUAUGAAGAAGGCCUCCAUUAACCGGUGAUAGAAAUUUAUUAUUGGUUCUGUGGUAUGAUAAAGACUGCUGAUUUAUAUUUCAGUUAGCUGAGUGCAGUGAUUGCGUGCCACGCUGCGACUCUGCUAAAAGGUGAAUGUACACCUCCACAUUGGGAAUUGUUUCUUUUUUCUUUACUAUAAGCUUUCUGGUUGUAUGUUUUUUUUUUUUUGAAACACGUAACAUGUUUAUUGCUUUCUCACCCAUUUAGUGCCUAAGAGUGGUACCCUCGUGGUGUGGCCAAAUGACCUGCAAACACAACACAAUUUACUGACUUCACGUCAUUAGUUUGUGAUACCAUAUGACCACCUUUACCAGCUGCCAUGUUGCAAUAAGAAGCCUGCUCUGCUUUACAGGUUUAUUUUGGAUUAGUUACUUUAAAGAAUGAUACAACAUAAGCUAUCGAAGGCAAGCUCUGAAGGAAGCAGAAAAAGCUAUAAAAUUUGUGCCAACACUGCUUCAUUUGGGACUAUAUUGAUCAAUAUAUGCCAAAUGCCUGCAAGGUCUCACCAGAUGCACUGUGCUGCUCACCAUUAUUUAGCCUGGCCAAGCAAAGAGUAUAGAGCAUAUUUAAUCUUACCAUUAGGUAUUGUACCAUCAUGCAAAUUGGUACAUUGAAAAAAUUUUACCACCUGAGGUUUCAAAACCUCAAAAAAUUUGCAAGGUAGAUGAAACAUGCAUUUGUUUAAAAAUUUGCAAUUCAUACUGCUUUUAGUAUCUUCCCAGCUAUUCUGCAUUUACUUUGGAUGAAAAGCAAUCAGUGCCACCAGUCCUGUGUUUCGGAGUAGCAAGACAUGUCUAAGAGCACAAUAUUGUUGAUUGAUUGGUUGGACAUGUUCUCUUAUUUAGGGCCUGGUUAUGCUGCAAAUCGGCUAAUAUUAAAUAGUUGCUGCACAAAUGGUGCAGAAUUUUUGGCUUGUGGAUAUUGUUUGCUAGAACUGUGUUUUAUUAUAAACAUCACAGCAUUUGGUCUUGUGAACAUUUCAUGGUCCUGCAUGUUGAAUUAAGUGAUUUUUCAGUUGCCAACAUCAUGCACCCAAAAAUUUCAGUCCCAUGUUUGGCAAAAGCAACCGUAUUGCCAUGUUGCAAGUGAACCCGGGUGUGGAAACGGUGCUCGUGUGUUGAUGGUUCUGAACUAUUUAGUGUGCAAUCUUGUCUGCUGCAUUGUGAUAACAACAAUAGUCAGUGUUUAAACUGUAUAUGAUGUGUAUUUUUAAAUGUUGGACGUGAUGAAUACCAUCUUUUAAAUGCAUAUCUAGAUUCUUGUUGCUGUUACGCAUUACUUGACCCAAACUUCUUGUGUGUCGAGAAGAAAAGCAAUCUUCAUUUUCUUUUGUAGAAUGCAUGAACCUGAUCACUAGAUGUGGAUGUUUCAUGCAUGCGUGCAUACUAUGGCAUGUGUACAUGAAACAGUUUCUCAUUAGCAAUGGGCUCAUUUUGACUUUGCCAUAUUGCUUAAUAAUACAUUGUUAUGGUAUGUAUAAGACUGCUAAAACAUCAGCCUAAUGAUGUUUUUUAUUACUUUUGUAACUGCCAGUGCAGUGAAUUGCACAUUUAUUUCCUUAGGUAAUCAUGGCAAUUGUCUCAUUGACAUUAUACCUGUGGACAACUGGUCUUUCGGUAAUGUUUUUGUUGCAAUACUAAGAACGUCAAGGUUACUGCAAUAAAGGUUUGGGACUCGAGGUA